AUGGCACACUCCAUUGAGAUUACCUCAAUAGAUAACCAAACUCCACUGCUUCUUCAAACUGAAAAAGAUGAGAUCAAGGAAACAAAUGAUGAAGAUCCAUCAGGGUCGCAAACAAAGAAACGUGUAAAUCAAAUCUUUGAUAAAAUGUUUGAUGAUUUGGACAAAUCAUCUUUUAAAUCGAAUAGCAUAUUCAAAGUAAAUGUGCGGCUACGUGAAUCAAAUCCAGAUGCUUACACACCAAAGAUGGUCUCUAUUGGUCCUUACCAUAGGAAAAAUCCUCAACUUCGUCCAAUGGAAAAGUACAAACUAUUGUACCUACGGCGAUUUCUUAAACGAAAAGAGGGGCUUGAUGUGGAAUUUUGCACCAGUGAAUUGCAGAUACUGAAGGAGGAAGCACUCAAGUGUUAUGAAGAUAUAGAAGAUAAUAGUCAUGAAUUUUGCCAAAUGUUGUUGCUUGAUGGCUGUUUUGUGGUUGAGUUUAUUCGAGAGCGUUGGUAUGAGGUAGAGCAGCUUCCCAAAGAAAAAGACAUGAUUAUCAUUACUAAUGAUGCAAGUUACAUAUUCCGAGACUUGAUGUUAUUAGAAAAUCAACUUCCUUUCUUUGUCCUCGACCAACUUUAUCACUUGACAAAACAAGAUUAUGAAUCACCACUGGCAGUACUGGUGAAUAAUGCGUUUACCCGUUUCGUAGACACGCUAAAAAUAUUUCGUGCAUCCUUUAGACUGAUAGGAAGUAUCACAGGAGAUAUCAAACAUUUACUUCAUCUAGUACACAUAUUGUUAUGUGAUGGGAAUCCACCGAAAAAUGUAGACCAUCACAUAACGUAUCAUAAGGUCAUGCCAAAUGCAAUAGAGCUUUCCGAAGCUGGAGUUAGCUUUGUAGACGUCAGCUCUGAUACCACAAAAUUAUUGGAUAUAAAAUUCGUUAAUGGAUUGAUGAGAAUUCCUUGUUUUCGAGUCGAACAUGGUACAGAGACCCUCCUACGAAAUCUCAUUGCUUAUGAGCAACAAUCAAAUGUACAUCCUUCAUAUUUCAGUGAUUAUGCAAUUUUCAUGGAUCAUCUUAUCGACUCAGACAAAGAUGUGAAUUUGCUUCGCCAGAAAGGAAUCAUAGUGAACUGUAUUGCAGAUGACAAAAGCGUGGCUAGCCUCUUCAACAAAAUCGGAAAUGGGGUCGUCCCGACGUAUCCCAACUUCUAUUACGAUCUGGAAUUCAGACAAGCAAUUGAAUAUAGUGAAAAACCAUGGAACAGAAUGAAGGCAAAUUUGAAGCAUAAUUAUUUUAGUAGUCCUUGGGUAGGAGCUUCAACUAUGACAGCCAUCAUACUCCUCCUACUCACAACUAUACAGACUAUUCUAGCUAUCACAAGUGCCUUUAAAAGUAACAAUUAUUCACCAUUCGACCAUAGAGACAUACAGCUUGAGUAUAAAUAUAUGGAUGAAUAUGAGGAGGAAGGUGAAGAACAAAAAGAGGAUGAGUGUGGUAAAGAGGAAUAUGAGGAGGAAGAAACUGAAAAACUUCCAAAAGAGUUAUUGGAGUACCAGGAACUCCGAUAA